AUGAAAACCCAGCUUGCGCUGUCAGAAAGCCCAGAAGAGGGUGGAGAAAAUGCAAUGAAAAAUCCAUUUACAAUCCCACCAGGUGCUGAUAUUUUCUCAAUAGGGGACAAGGAAAGGAAAAAGGCGAAGGAGGAACAUGAAAGGAUGAAGACCAUGAAAGUCCAUGAGAAAACCACUUACUCCACUAGAAUAAAAGCAAACAGUGGGUUGUGGAAAGCUCUGCAGAAGGAAGAAGAGGAGAACAGAAAAGCAGCAACAAAUGAUGAGAGACUGAAAACUCUUCCGAAGUAUAUUUUACGUAAAUUAGCCAUGCAAAAAGAUUACUCAUUAGAAAAGGAGACCAUCCAUGACUACAUAAAUGCCAGAAGAGAGAUGUGUCUUCUUGAGUAUUACAUGGCAGUAAAGCAAGAUGAGAUUGAAAAGAUGGAGAACAUAGUAAAGAAUGAGAUAAAAAAACUGGAAAAGGCUGAACGCCAGCUGGAGAAGGAUGCUGCCAUGUUUGAGGAGUCCCUGAAAGAGAGUCAUAAAAACUCCGUUCAAGCCCUGAGAAUUGCCAGAAAAGAAACCUCAGAAAAGACAAAGAAAGCAACAGAGAUCCAGGCAAUCACUUCCGAAAUAAACAAUGUCCAAAGAGAUAUAUCCGAAUUCAAGGAUACUCUGCAGGAGUGCAAGAUGUACAGGGACAUCCUCUAUCAGCUAUCUCCGAAAGAGUGGCGGGAGGAACAUGGAAAAAAGCACACAAAGGAAAAGGAUUUGAAAACAGAAGAAUCCAGAGAUAAUGAAGGAAGUGCCCUGCCUCCCCUCAUGGCAGAGGAGGGCCAGGGCCUCGCAGCCAGGACAAACACUGCCAGUCCCCACUGCACCACUUAUACAGAUCUGCCAAGUUCCCUGCUGUCUUCAGAAGGUUUGGAUUUCGGGUCAUUCCAUGGUAUCAGGCCACGGCUCAGACACUUCCUGAAGCCUCUUUUAACAAGAAAACUAAGUUCGCUGGAGGAUGCAGGAAGUGAAACCAGCUCAGAUGAAGAGGAGGAGCCUGAGUUGUAUUUUACUGAUCCCCAACAACUGCUGAAUACUUUCACGGAGAUGGAGGAAGAGAACAUACACUUUAUCCAGAAUUCCCAGGAGGCUGAGGAAAGUUGGAACAAGGUGCAACACACUUUCAUUACCACACAUGAAAGCAUGGAGAAGGAGUUAGCAGAGCUGAAAGAGCAGGUGAACACCCUCCGAGCCUCCGUUGCAAAGGAAGAAGAGAGAGUAGCAGACCUGAAGUUCAAAGUUCACCUCUUUUCCUCUGGAGAACACAAUGCUGGCGAUCAGGACAGAAUGCUCACAAGCCUGAAGAAGAAGGUGCUGGAAGUCUAUUGCCAGUGCACUGGAGACAAUGAGACAAACCUGGAUACAGUGCAGAUGCUAAAGGUAAUAGAAAAGCAGCUCAGUGAUUUACUGGACAACCUGGAGGGAAUCCCACCAGAAAAGAUGGAACAGGCUAAGAAAUCCAUAAAAAAGGAAUGGAGGACAAGGCUCAGAGAGGGAAAGCUGAGACAACAGAAGCAGCAGCAGGAGGAAAGAUUGAAAAGGGCUAUGGAAAUUUCACCAGCAACUGUAGAAAAAAAAGCUGGCACUUCACAGUCCAGCCCACCUGCCAGGAAGCAGAAGAAAAAGAACAGCAAAGGACAAAUAGAUAAGGAGGAGGAGGAACAAUUGUAUUAUUUCACUUGA